AUGGUUUUAUACACUUCCCCAUUUCCCAACAGCUUUCUGUCAGUUCUGCAUUCUUUUUCCUGGGGCCUGAUUUUCCCAUGUUACUGGUUAGCAGAUAGGCUUGUGGCCUCUUUUGUUCCGACCACCUAUGAAAAACGUCAAAGAGCAGAUGAUCCAUGCUAUUUCCAUGCACUCUGCAUCAUUAUUACCACUCCCAUCUACUUGGCACUGUUGGUAGCCUCUCUUCCUUUUGCUCUGAUUGGCUUCUUGUUAUGGUCCCCACUCCAGUCAGCUAGAAGGCCAUAUAUCUACUCCAGACUAGAAGACAAGAACCAUGCGAAUGGAGCCACGCUGCUCACUGAAUGGAAGGCUGCAGGGAAUGGGAAAAGCUUCUGCUUCGGUAGUGCCAAUGUUUGCCUGCUGCCAGAUUCUCUGGCAAGAUUUAAUAAUGUUUUCAAUACACAGGCUAGGGCUAAAGAGAUUGGCCGGAGGAUCCGAAAUGGGGCAAGCAGACCACAGAUCAAAAUAUAUAUAGAUUCUCCUACCAACACAUCCAUCAGUGCAGCAAGUUUUAGCAGCUUGGUUUCACCCCAGGGUGGAGAUAACAGUAAUCGUACUGUUAAUGCUGGCAUCAAAAGGACAACAUCAAUGGAGUAUAAAGGAGACAAUUCUGGCUCAAACAACAGUGAGGAUAUUAGAGAAGAUAAAGGUGGACCUGGAGAGCCAAAUGAGGGAGAAGAAAACACUUGCAUCGUCCGCAUAAAUGGAGAGGAUAAUGGCCACAUGUCAGACACAGAAACAGACACCGUCAAUGGCCAGGCUCAUGCCAGUGGCCCAGCAGAGCCCUCACUGGAAGGUGACACAGAGAUCUCAAAAACGCCUAACCAUAAACAGAAGGAAGGAGAUUCUGGGAGUUUAGACAGCUACUCUGCCUCACGAGAGUCCUUAGUUAAAGUUCGCGUUGGAGAUGGUACAGUGGACCAAAGCACUGUCAACAACAAGCUCCUCUACAAAGCUUCAAUCAUGAAGAAGACUUCGGUGCGGAAAAAGAAACAUACAGAUGAGACCUUUGAUCAUGAGAUCUCUGCUUUCUUCCCUGCCAACUUGGACUUUCUGUGUUUGCAGGAAGUGUUUGACAAAAGAGCUGCAGAGAAAUUGAAAGAGCAGCUUCAUCACUAUUUUGAAUACAUUGUCUAUGAUGUUGGGGUCUACAGUUGCCAUGGCUGCUGUAGCUUUAAGUUUGUGAACAGUGGUCUACUUUUUGCCAGCCGCUAUCCUGUUAUGGAUGCUGCCUAUCACUGUUACCCCAAUGGAAGAGGAACGGACUCCUUGGCUUCCAAGGGAGCCUUGUUUCUCAAGGUGCAAGUGGGAAGUACACCUCAGGACCAAAGAAUUGUGGGAUACAUUUCCUGCACUCACUUGCAAGCUAUUGCAGGAGAUACUACUGUUCGAUGUGAGCAACUGGAUAUGCUUCAAGAUUGGCUGUCUGAAUUCAGAAAAUCUACCUCCUCCUCCAGUACAGCCAAUCCAGAGGAGCUGGUGGCAUUUGAUGUAAUCUGCGGAGAUCUCAACUUUGAUAACUGCUCCUCUGAGGACAAGCUGGAGCAACAGCAUUCUCUGUUUACACACUACAAAGACCCGUGUCGAAUUGGUCCUGGGGAGGAUAAACCAUGGGCAAUUGGUACCUUGUUGGAUCCUGAAGGAUUAUAUGAUGAAGAAGUGUGCACUCCAGAUAACCUACAGAAGGUGCUGGAAAGUGAAGAAGGAAGGAAAGGAUACUUAGUCUAUCCCACCAGCAAGAACCACAGUUCCAGUCAAAAGGGGAGGAAGGCAUCACUGAAAGGAAACGGGAGGAGGAUUGACUAUAUGCUCUAUACAGAAGAAGGUCUCUACCUGGAAUGGAAAGUGGAAGUGGAAGAAUUCAGCUUUAUUACCCAGUUAGCAGGCUUGACAGACCACCUACCAGUAGCAAUGCGUCUCAUGGUGUCUACAGGAGAAGAUGACCCUUAA